CGUCCGUCCACUGACUCUGUCCUCUGUCUCCAGGACAACGAGGAAGGAGGCGAGGUGGUGAACGGGACAUCGGAGCCCAGCCCCUCUGCGUCUCCCGGGGCAACUCGUAAAUCAAAGGUCAGUCAGGCCGCGACACUGCCGGCCAAAAGCCAUCAGGACGCUCCGACGUCCCAGCUGGAGGGCUUCCUGCACCGCAAGCAUGAGUGGGAGGGGCCUAACAAGAAGGCAUCAAACAGGUCAUGGCACAACGUUUACUGUGUGAUCAACCAGCAAGAGCUGGGAUUCUACAAAGACCAGAAGAACGCGGCUCAGGGAAUUCCCUACCACAGCGAGAUCCCUGUCAGCCUGAAGGACGCCGUCUGCGAGGUGGCUCUGGAUUACAAGAAGAAGAAACACGUCUUCAAACUCAAAAUCACUGACGGGAAUGAGUAUCUCUUCCAAACCAAAGAUGAUGAGGAGAUGAACUCGUGGAUCUCAACCAUCUCAGCCGCCGUGGCAGGUGAAAGGUCAGAGGUGAUGCCCAGCAGCCACAGCACCCCCGCGACCGCCGCACGCGCUCAGACGCUGCCAGCCUCUGUCGCCUCGGCAACCGCUGAGUCCAGCCCAGGCAAGAGAGAAAAAGACAAGGAGAAGCGCUUUAGUCUGUUCAGCAAAAAGAAAUAGA